AUGUCGCGAUCCCUUCUCUUCCAGCUUUAUCUCAAUACACCGGAUCCGUCGGAUGAGCGCAUGGGUACACGAGCCUCGGGAUCGAAAGCAUACCCAGCCCCCAUGAUCACGCAUGUCUACAACGACGAUCUGGAGUCGAUGUUUUAUGUGUUCAUCUGGGUCUGCAUUGAGUUCAGGGGCCCUCUCGGCAUGAAGCGUGUUCUCCCUACAACUCUCCCACAUUCAAAUCAAAAAGUGAAAUGGAUAACAGGAGAAUGGUCCGCGUCGACGUACCAAAAGUGCGGGGACAGCAAGACUCGAUUUUUUCAUCAAUCUGACCACUACACUAUGGAACUCGCCAAACAAUUCGACCCCUACUUCAAAUCUCUCCUUCCACUCGCGUUAGCGUGGUAUGAACUCCACAUCGCUGCACUGCCCUCGGAGGACUCCCCUGAACUCCUGGUUUCCAAAUGGGUAAUACUCUCAGCGGCAGGUUCGUUUACUACCGCCAGUGGCAGUGAUGAGGACACGAGUGGUCGAUCAUCGUUGGACGAUGGAAGUUGUACCCAAGCCGAAGAGGAGCAAAACUGGGUAGAGUUCAAAUUUACCACGCUCGACUCAUAUUUCCGAAAGAUGCUAUAUUCAGUUUCGCAAGAUUCUCCCACAUUACCUGCAUGCGGCACUGGAGACCCGAUUACGAGUCAAACUACGAGCCUUAAAACGUGGCGUGGUCCAGUCAUGUCUCCUCGUGCGAGCCAGAAGAAAUCAAAGCGUAAAGCUGUAGAUUCUGAUGGUCAAGCAAAUUCUGCAAAGAAGUCGCGUGCUGGGGCCAAGGCAUCCGUGGUGUUGCAAGAGCCAAUUUCUGCAGACAAACCGUCAGUUCGACGUUCUGGACGUUCUGGCGCAGGAAAAGGAGGUAGGGUUGAGCAACUCGAAAAAAUCGGUGCUCUCUUGGAUGCCCCGGCACGGACUACUCAGCCCAAGGGCUCCACCUCCCUUGACAUCGAUGUACCAACCAAUCCUCUGGCACCUGAACCACCUCGUAAGGGUCGUGGUAAUCGCACAAAGGCAGAAACCCCUCCACCAUAUACCGUCUCGGAAACAGUGGAGGAUCCUGCAACUUCUAAAACAGGGGGAAAGAAAGGUACUAGUAAGGCAACAAAGAAAGACUUGGAUGUAUCGAAUAUGCAUCCCGCUUUUUCUCACCGCCAAUCUGGUAGCCGGUUUGGCUUUGCGCAGCCCAUCGUCCCUCCUGGCACGGAACCUGACCUACAAUACUCAACAAUCCAUAUGUAG